GGCGUCCUUCUUUUCCUUCACCUCCAUCAACGCUGCUGACCAGCGACGACAACAGGGCAGUCGAUCCGCCAGCGUCGACAGCACCCUCAGCUAUAAUUUUCAGCCAACCGUUGUUGGCAUUCUAGACAAACCAGCUGGUUUCACUCUUUAUUCCCCCACAUUCUUUUCUCUGAUCCCGCCAUGCCUCUCGCAUCCAAGCCGCCCUUCGCGACAGACCUCCCCGACUCGGCUUACGCCUCGGGCAACCCCCAGCGCCGCCAGCUUGCCGCCCCCGCGAACCCGAACGCGCGCUCCUCAGCUUACGACGUAUACGACAACUACAUCGACGGGAAAGACGGCCGUGGUCGCAACUCGGGCGUCGAAGGGCUCGGGAUGGGCUUCAUGAACGGCUCGAUGGACGACGACGAAAGUGACGACGACCACUAUGGCAGGCCGAUGGACCCCCACAUGCAGCCUGCUCCCAUGGGCAUGCCCACCACCGGCAAGAACGCGGUGCUCGCCAACGCCGCGGGCGUCAACCGUACGGACUACGGCAACGAGCCCCCGCCGCCCUCGUACAUCGCAGCUCCUCGUCCGGGGUACGCCGCGCCCAUCGCGCAACUCAACCUGGCUCGGCCCGAGGCCGCGGCGGCGCCCGGUGGCCGUCAGCCCGGUGGGACUGAGCCGCUUCGGGUGCAGCCUCCCCAGUCCGUGAACGCUGUAUCGAACCCCUUCGCGACACCCUAUGCUGGGACUCCGGUACCCGCCUCGCCCCAUCCUCUCCAACCUCCUAUGACCCCCAUCACGCCGGUCUUUGCUCGCCCGCGCGCCGCGGACGUCAAAUUUGCCGAGGACAAGGGCGAGAUCAUGCGUGGUGAUAAGGAGGAUGUCUUGAUUCCCCGACGCGGUCAACAAGGCGACGACUUCUGGAGACGCUUCAGCAUGGUCAUCAAAGAGGACGGCAAGAAGCGCCCGGGCGAGAAGGAGAGCUCUUGGCUCAAGAAGACUCAGGGCGGUACGACAAGCCUGAGCCGCUGGGUGUUCAUCAUUGGCAUGGUUCUGCUCAUUUGCGCUGCUGGUGGUAUCGGCCUCGGGUGGUACAUCUCGCGCAACAACACAGGGUCUAGCGCGCCGAAGGCCAUUGGCGGCUCGGCCAACGAGAUGAACACCGGCGACGGCGAAGGCGCCGCCAGCAUGCAGAGCAGCAUUCGCGUCACCCCCACGUAUACCGUCGACAGACGAGCCGUCGCCACCGAGGCGGCAAACACCAGCUCGCCCGUGCCCAUACAGGGCAAGGAUAUUCACGUCCACCGCAGGAUACGUGACCAUAUGAAGAGGAGACUGUAGAGUAUCGUAUCUCGCGUCCAGUUCUGGCCUGGUUCCGAGUCGUCGAUAAACGGCGGCGUCCGUCCAUUGCAUGCAUAGGGAAGAGAACAUAUUUCUACGCCCGCCCCCACUACCCACCGGCGUUACGCCCCCCUGUCGGGAUCCCCAUGUUCCCAUCCACUCUUUACCGGAUCCAUGCUUCCCUCGUCCCCGCCCCAUCACAUCCCCCCACUGGCAGCGCUUAUGUACUGACAGGUUCAACCUCCUCUUGACAUUCUAUUCACGUGGAUAUACCCUUCGACUUCAAUUGUACUGUGUUGGAUCCCUGUCUGUCACAUCCGCUACGCAUCAGCAUCCCUCUAUUAUUCUACUAGUCGCUCCUGGCCUGCAAUGCGACGUUGUCAGUGCUCACUAAUGUUCUGUUCGUGUAUAUAAGUAAAAGGAUCAAGUACUUGCUUUCA